UUCUGCAUUCAUCAGACUCCACUUUCUCAGUGAAGACACGAAGAUUUUCUGCACCAGACACCAUGGAUGAGGACUUUGAACGCCGCCGGGAGCUCCGGAGACAAAAGCGAGAAGAGAUGCAGAGAGAAGCGGAAAAGAUGGGCAACCUAAAACUUGAUGACGAUGAUGAAGAAGCUGCUCGAGAGAGGAGGAGGCGAGCCCGACAGGAAAGGCUGCGCAACAUGGAGAACGAGGAGAUUAGCAACACUGCCAAAGAACUCAAUAGCACCAACAGUGUAACAGACACAGGUUUGUCAGCACUGAUUACCGCUCCAGUCACUAGCGAGGAUGAUCAGGCUCUUCUGGAGAGGCUGGCCAAGCGUGAGGAGCGCAGACAGAGGAGGAUGAGGGAAGCCCUGGAGAGACAAAAAGAGUUUGAUCCCACCAUCACUGAUGGAGAAGCCACUGUGAACACCACCACCAGCGAGGACAGGCCAAGCCGCAGGAGCCGUCUCAGGGAAGCAGAAGAGGAGACAACCCAAAACGAAGUUCCAUCCUCAGAGACCAACUCCUGGACAGACAAGGAAGAAAAGAAAAAGGAUGAGAAUGUCGAGGAGUCAAAGGUGGAGGUUCAAGAGACAGUCCCAGUAAAGGAGGAACCUGUGCCAGAACCAGCUUCAGAGGAACAAGAAGACACUGUGGAGAAAAAAAAGGAAGGGGAGGAAGCAGAGAGGCCCCGAAGAUCCUACCUCAGAGAAGAGCGAUCCACUGAAGAAAAAGACGAAGUGUCAGCAAGUGAGGAAAAGGGUGAAGAUCGAUCUGUCAGCAUAAACAGUGUGGCUGAGGAGAAAACAGAUACAGGUUUAGAUAGUACUGAUUUAGAAAAGAAAGAGAUUAAAGAUGAAACUUUAUCAAAGGAAGAGAGUCAGGUUGAAACUGCAAGAGAAGAAGAAAAAGUUGAGGCAGCUGUCAGUGAGGAACCUGUAAUAUCUAAGACGGAGGAUGAAGAAAAGCCUGUGAAGGAGGAAAAACUGUUAGAGGCACCAUCAGAAGCACCUGCUGCUCCAGAGUCUCAAGUUCAGGAUAAACCUUCUCUUGAGAACAAGGAAGUGGAGGAACCUCCAAAAGAAACGCUUAAGCCUUCAGUGGAGAAGAAAGAAAUCAAAGAACCUCAGAAAGACACAUUUGAGCCUCCAGCAGAAAAGAAAGAGGUGAAGAAAUUAAAAGAAGAUACACUUGAACCACCACUGGAGAAGAAGGUGGUGGAGAAAGUGAGGCAAGAAGAAGAGAAACCACGAAUACUAGAGAAAAAAACUGAAGAAAAGCCACAUAGGGAGAUCGAGGUGAAGAUUGAACUUCCAAAGAAACAAGCUGAGGAGAAACCUCCUGUAAAAGUUAAGAUAGAGGAGAAAACAGUGCCACCAAAGAAGACUGAAGACAAAGAACCUGUAUUGAAGAAGGAGGUGGAAGAAAAGCCAAAAUGGAAGAAGGAAGCAGAAGAAAAAUCCAAAGCAAAAAUUGAUGACAAAGUUAAACCAAAGGAGGUUGUGGAGGAAAAGCCUAAACCAUUCUUUUUACGUGACAAACAGAACGAAUUAGCGAAGCAGCAGAAUGAAGAGGAUACCUCUAAAUUCAAGAAACCAGAGAAGCCGUUCGGUCGUGUGGGGCUUCGCUCUCCUGAGGUAGAGAAGCUGGACCCUGUGGCGAAGCAGGAGGCUGAGAAGAAGUUGGUGGAAUUGAAGCGUCGGAGGAACGAGACGGAGAGUGAAGAGAUUGAGAAGAUGAAGCAGAAACAGCAGACGGCUGAGGCUGAGCUUGAGGAACUGAAGAAGAAAAGAGAGGAGAGGAGGAAGAUCCUGGAGGAAGAGGAGAAGCAGAAAAAACAGGAGCAGGCAGAAAAGAAGGCCAAGGAGGAGCAAGAAAGGCAGAAGCUGAAGGAAGAGAUCGAGCGCAGGAGAGCCGAGGCAGCUGAGAAGAAAAAGCAGAAAGAGGAAUCUGCUGAAGAAGGCAAGGUGCCAUUCAAAUGUCUGUCUCCAAAAGGAGCCUCAGCAAAGAUUGGUGAGAAAGCUGAAUUUCUGAGCAAGUCAGCCCAGAAAACGACGGUAAAGGCACCACAUACUCCAAUGGUAUGUAAGAUAGGUAACAGGCUGGAGCAGUUCACCUCAGCUGUUCAGACUAAGGAUGUGAAGUCACCCAAGUCUGUUAAAGACCUUCCUGUGGCAGAGGGAAUGCGCAGCAUCAAGAGCAUGUGGGAGAAAGGUAAUGUGCAGAACCCUGCUCCUCCAGGACCUGCCAGUCCUGCCACCGUCAGCAAGGAAACAGCCGGAUUGAACACAGGAGUGGCAGGUCGCAUCAGCAGCUGGAAAACCAAGACUCCAGAACCGAAGACUCCUGAAGCAAAGAGCGUGAAACCUGCUGAGACGAAGACUUCUGAAACCAAGCCGCCAGAAACCAAGACCCCCGAAACGAAGAGCGUGAAACCUGCUGAGACGAAGACUCCUGAAACCAAGCCACCAGAAACAAAGACUCCUGAAACGAAGAGUGUGAAACCUGCUGAGACAAAGACGAAUGAGACGAAGACACCAGAAACGAAGAACACGAAAGUGGCAGAGAUGAAGAAGACUGAGUCAAAGACCCCUGAGCCGAAGAGCUUGAAACCCACUGAGACGAAGACGACUGAGAAAAAGCCUCUGGAUACAAAGACCACUGACAAAAAGACCCCAGAGUUGAAGACCCCAGCACUAGGAAAGCCUGCAGGAGGCAAACCUGAACCAAAGCCGAGUGAUGUGUCUAAAACACGCGGCCUGUGGGAAACCAAGGGCUCCACCCCCUCCAAGGUGUCUGGACUUAAGACAUCACCGUUUAUGAAUGGUACAAGGAAAUAAACACCAAAGCCAACAACGAGAUUUUGAAACGAAACAAGAUCACUGCAUACUGCGUAGUUUUAUACUUUAAUGUCCUCCAGUUGUGUAUAAAAUGAAAUCAUAAUACUUGGAAUAAUUACAAAGAGUAAUGUCAUAAGAAUAGAAGAACAAGAACAGCAUAAGCACAUGUACGCCUGUAUCUGAGAUCCUGUUUACACCUGGUCGUUUAAUGCGUCUUGUAUCUAGAUUUUAUUCUGUUAGGAGACGAACCGCAUGCAUUUACACAUUGCAGUGCCAGAAAUCUGAGAAAGCUGCAUUGUGAGUAAUGUAGAAAUCAACAUAUAAUAUCUGCCCACCAGGUUCUUGUAUUGUUCCUCACUUCCAGAACGUUUGUUUAUAAAACAGUUUCCAUGAUUUGAAAAAGGUUCCUAAAUGGUUAAUGAAAUGAGCGUGUUUUUUAGCAUCUCAAAGGGGUUCUGCUAAGAGUCUUUUUUAAAAGUGAAACCCUUCUUAUAGAACAUUUAAGGAAUUAUACAUGAACACUAACUACACUUACUGAGCACGUUAUUAAGAACACUACACUAAUACUGGGUAGGGCCUCCUUUUGCUCUCAAAACAGCAUCCAUUCUUCAUGACAUAGAUCCACAAGAUGUUGGAAGCGUUCCUGUAAAUUAUUAACAGGCCCAAAAUGUGCCAGGAAAGCAUUCCCCACACCACUACACCACCCCCACCAGCUUGGACUUGUUGACACGAGGCAGGUUGGGUCCAUCCCUGUGUCCGAAAUCACUCACUCGUUCACUGCUCCCUACUCCCUAUAUAGGGAAUUACUAUAUAGAGGACUAUAUAGUGAGCUCAUUGGUAAAAUGAAAAAACGCUUUCGGGCACUAGUCCGUCGCGCAAUUAAAACGUGCCAAAUCAGUCGGCUGGUGGGUUUUCAAAAUAAUAAAUACAUGCACGUAUUUUUUUGAUAAAUCCAUAUUGUACUGGGCACAUUUCCCACAUUAAUCAAUACAAAGUACCUGCAUCUUUCAGUUGUUUUUUUUUAAAUCAAAGCUGAAUACUUUUCUUCUUUGCCGCUGCCUUUUAUUAAAUCAAAUUUGAGACUUUUAAUUUGAUUUCUGUCAGCGCAACCACAAUGCAUGAUGAGAUUUAUUGCUGGGUUAGUGACCAUCAGUUGUACACUACUUUUCGUGAUGCAUUGUGGGAUACUUUGAGUGCACUUGAUAGGGUGUAAAUCUUCACUAAGGUUUCAGACAACACUACAAAAUGGCGUCCCCACUAUUAUAAGACCCCUUUCACAUGACGUCACCGCGCCGCGAGAUUUUGUUAGGCGCCAUAUUGGAAGACCAAGUACAUGCACUCACAAUAUAAAACAAAGUAUGAGAGAGAGUAAAGUGACACGAUGGAUGAUAAUUCUGGUUAUGUGAGUACAUUACCAGCUGCAGAAAGGGCACGGUAUGUGGAGAAACUGGCUGUGAUUGAUGGGUUUGACCCAUAUGAUAAGACUCGCGGCAAGGGAGAAUGGAAACAUAAGGAGGACCGGACACCAAUUCUGCCAUCUGUUUGCUACCCAGACAUUGUAAACUAUUUGUUGUUUACACCCAGUGCCUACACUCAGUGUUUGAACUAUGCCGAUAUUUUCGGGGGGUCCCUAUUUUUCCCUUGGGGCGCUUGCGCUUGUCUCGGAGCGCGGAUCUCCAAACACAUGAGAAGCCUAUCUUACGCACAUAUCACGCGGACUCCACACCUCCACACACGCAUCGCAUCUGAAGUCGUAACUCAUCAGGGGAAAUCGUGUCCGCAUUGGCAUGUUCAAAAAACAACCUCGAGGGGGCGUCGUGGCUCAGGUGGUUAAGGCGCCAUACCAUGAAUGCGGGCGACCCGGGUUCGAUUCCGGCUCGAGGUCAUUUCCCGAUCCCUUCCUGUCUCUCUCUCUCUCCCGCUCAUUUCCUGUCUCUACACUGUCCUAUCCAAUAAAGGUGCAAAAAGCCCAAAAAAAUAUCUUAAAAAAAAAAAAAAAACAACCUCGCGUCAACAAUGAUACCACACGCAAGAAAAAAAAAAAACAGUCAGGCUACUCAACAACCAACCUGGCAGCAGCGAGCAAGCCCCAAACCAUCCUAAAUUAUUAUUAUUAAAUUGUAGAAGUCUGGGAGGCUUGCUCUUCAUACAGUUAUCAACUUGGGGCCAAUUUGGCAUGUUUUAAAUCUGAAUUUCUUGCGUUUGCUUACCUCAAAGUGUCCGCAGAUCAUGCACAGACUUAUCCAUUAUAUCCACAGUUUUUUGCCAAGUCUCACACAGGUUUCUUUCAAGUCUACUGUUGGGCCAAUAAAUCAUAAAUAAAACAGCUCAGAUUUGUUUAAGUCGUUUGCCACUCCACUUUAUUCUUGUGGGUUCACAUACCGCUGCCGUUAUUUCCCCCUAAUCACGAGUUUGUUGGUCUUCCAAAAUGGCACAGGGUCUGUUUACUUCCGGUUUCAGGUGACGUCAGUGAAAGGGGUCUAUAUAGUGCCCUAUAUAGUGAGUAGGGAGCAGUUUCGGACACAGAGCAUGGAUUCAUCCUGUUGGCACCAAAUUCUGACCCUGCCAUCUGUGUGCCUGAACAAAAAUCGAGAUUUAUCAGCCCAGGCUAUGUUUUUCCAGUCUUGAGCUGUCUAGCUUUGAUGAACCUAUACCCACUGCAGCUUCAGCUGUCUGUUCUUGGCUGACAGAAGUGGAACUUGAAUUGGUUUUCUGCUGUUGUAGCUCAAGGAUCGACGUGUUUUGUGUUCUGAGAAUGAGCUUUUCUGCUCACCACAUUUGUACAGAGUGGUUAUCUGGGUUACUGGAGCCUUUCUGUCAACUCAGACCAGUCUAGCCUUCCUCCCUUGACCUAUCUGAUCAGUAAGGUGUUUCUGUCAGCAGAACUGUCACUCGCUGGAUGAUUUUUCUUUAUUGGACAAUUCUGAGUAAACUCUAGAGACUGUUUGUGUGUGUGAAAAUCCCAGUAGUUCUAGAAAUACUCACGCCAGCCUGUCUGGCACCAACAGUCAUGCCAAGAUCACAUUUUUCCCCAUUCGGAUGUUGAAGGUGAACAUUACCCAAAGCUGCUGGUCCUUAUCUGCAAUGACAUUGAACUGCUGCCACAUGAUCGGCAGAUUAAAUAAUUGCAUGAAUGUGUAGGUGUCCAAGCAUUCCUAAUAAACUGCUCAGUGAGUGUAGAUAACUAAGUAUUGGGAGGGGUUUGGGGUUUUUUGUGGCUUGUAGAGUCACAUGGAUAUGUGUGGCGAUCUGAGAAAACCCAUCAAUUACAACGAUUUCAACUUUUUAUUUAUUAAAGAACAACAAAUUGUGUAUUUUAUCCAUUUAGCGUUAUACCAUAUUUAAUGUUGUGGGAUGUCGGAAAACAACUUGGUUCCUGCUACCACUUACAUUUAUCAGCUGUAAACAGUCGUUCCCUCAUCAUCCCUCACCUCUCUCUCCUGAUGUUAAUAAGACUUGUUACUAAUAAACCACAAAGAGUUCCUAAAGAAUUUCACGUCGUACAAAACAUAAACAGAUUUACGCCUGACUUACAAAGUGCUGACAGUGAAGACUCCUCCCAUAAAUAGUAAAUAAACAAACAUCUGUUCAAAAAUGAAUUCUGAUGAGUAGCUAAAACAGUAGACAAAAAAGUCAGGUUUUGGCUAAAAUGAGGGUUUUUUUUAAUGCCUGUAAUAUAAUUUGACACCUCUGUUUUAAGAAACAAUCAUUACAUUUCAGUAAAAUGACUCCGGCAGAAUGGUGGUG